AUGGAUACAAUUCGACUGUUCUAUCUGAGUCUACUAGAUAAAUUCGAUCCUCAACUUCAUUUUCUGCAAGAAAAGGCUCGUUCAUUAAAUCAGCAGCUGAGUAGUACAUAUUCACCAUUACAAUUGGUUACGACGACUGCUCUAGUCACAACAUGUGUAAUCGGUGUCUACCGUUUCAUAUUUAUUCAUGAGGAAGAUCUUGUAAUUCGUCUUCGAGAGACAGUUUUCCGUUUGGCUCGACGACUACCUGUUGUACAAAGGCAAAUCGCAAAAGCACGUGAAGACACGCUAACAUCCGUUUGCAAUGAUAUCGCCACCAGUAUUGCUGGCCAUAAAUUUAUUCAAAGUCUACCUACGCAAGGUCUUUCCAAGAAAAAACUUCUCGAAAAGCUGGAACAGUAUCGAAACUUCGAAAAGAUUAACUUUCAAGACGGACAAGUCUCCGGUUGUGUUUACAAGAUCCCACGAACCGAUAUGACUGAUAUUUACCAACAAAUUUUCAUUUUAUUCGGCGAUUCGAAUCCUCUUCAUGUUGAUGUCUUUCCCGACAUACGGACCAUGGAAGCUGAAGUUGUACGCUGUGUCGCAACCAUGUUUCAUGGUAACGAAAGUGUUUGCGGAACGAUGACAUCAGGUGGAACAGAAUCGUUGAUAAUGGCUUGUAAAACCUAUCGUGAUUUGGCUUAUUCCAAAGGCAUAAGCAAACCUGAAAUGUAA